CUGACAAUCAUCUUUAAGAACUUCCAGGAAUGUGUGGACCAGAAGAUGUAUCACGCAGAGACCGAUGAGCUGCCGGCUGCUUUUGCAGAUGGCUCCAAGAACGGAGGUGAUCGCCAUGGAGCCAACACUCUGCGCGUGGUGGAGAAGGUUCCCGGGCAGCACGUGGAGAUUCAGGCCAGGUACAUCGGCACAACAAUCGUGGUGCGGCAGGUCGGGCGCUACCUGACCUUUGCUGUGCGGAUGCCUGAGGAAGUUGUGAACUCUGUGGAGGAAGGAGAUGACCAGGACUUGUACCUCUGUCUUCACGGCUGCCCGGCCAACCAGCGCAUUGACUUCAGAAACUUCAAGGCUCGGUCUGCGGAGGCCCAGAGCACAGGAAGGCCCCGCAGCACCGCGGCUCAGGGCUUCACCUACCAGUCUGCCAAGGCCAAGUGCAAAGAGCGGCUCCCAGUGGAGGACCUGUACUUUCAGUCCUGUGUGUUUGACCUCCUCUCCUCUGGAGACAUUAACUUCACAAUGGCAGCCUACUACGCCUUUGAGGAUGUCAAAAUGCUCCACUCCAACAGCAAAAGAUACCACAUCUAUGAAAAGAACUCUUUUUUGAAUAACGCGCCACAGAGGGGCAAAGAUUUCCUUUCACUCCUUCUCCUCAACGUCCUUGCUGUCUUAUUGUGGAUUGAGUGUUGCACAGCUCAUCUAUAAUCUCUUCACAACAGGAUCCUCAUGGUGUAUCUGUCAGUGAGUGUUAGAGUGCUCUGGUUCUGUGAUGUGACUCUGAGUCUCAUUUUAGUAGUGUUGUCGUGUCUGGACUUCAGUCUGAUGACCAGACGAGGUCACCGUGCUCCCCACCUUUCAUCACAUGUGUUUAGCUGCUUCAUAGGACUGGUCUUUGAUGAGAGCAGUGGUGAGAGAGCCCGGCUACUCCAGAGCUCAGGAUAUCCACCUGGGAUUAAAUCCCACAUUCUCACCGGGCCUGCAUGCCGAUGGGAAGCCGGACAAGAUGAUCUUUUGCAGAAAGAAGAGUUUGCUGAUCCUCCCUCUCCUGAUCCACUCAUUGGUGCCAAGCCAGUGAAGCUCUCCGUGGCUCAUGUGGCGGGGCAAGGACCUGACAGGGGCUUUUGUUAACCUAAGGCCAGAAGCAGCUCUAUGUUUGAUUAGUUUCCAGCUUUGGAAAAGCCUGAGCCUUUUGGAGGAAGCACUCAGCCAAAAGGAUGUCAGAGCAGCGUCUCCAGUUGUCUGCUGUGGAGAUUAAUGGGUCAUAUUGUUUGGUUGUGUUCGUGUGUGUGUGGGAGAAUUCAGAGUCUGUGGUUAAUGUUGUGUGUUUGUGGGUGCAGGAGUCCCUAGAAAUGACAGAACAAACCUCCAGUGGGAGGACUCUUUCCCAUGUCUUGCUGUUGCACCCAAAAUCUCCGAAAUAGAAAAGACGAGGCUCCACAGUCCUGUUAAAAAUAGCCUCUGUUAGCCUAGUAGCAAAUCCCUUAAGGGAACUGAUAAUAAUAACUAUCUUCUUCUUCAGUGUCAUACGGCCUUUCACUCCAUUGUUUCAGCCGACAUGUUGAUCAGACAGUGUUUUGUGUUUAACGUCUGUAAUGUGAAUGUAGUUAACAUGAAAAGCAGAAGAACAACCUUAGUUAAGGGCACUCAUAGCGUUUACAGAAUGUAGAUCAGCCAAUCCAACUGAAUCACCUCUUUGAUAGCAUUUUGUGAAUUGUUUCUCCAGUGGUGUGGAUACUGUUAGUACUAGCUAUAAAGAGGUCACCUCCAGUCAGUUCAGCUUUUUAUGGACUAUCAGUGUGCUGCUGAGCUGUGCGUAAACGAUAAGCAUGCGUCUGUAGACAUGCUUUCAUGGCUUAAGUCAUUGCCAAAGAACAAGCCCUUGUGCCAACAUUUCCCUUGCAUCUGAAUUUCCAUCGUUCAGUCUUAAACAUUCACAUUAGAGGGAUUCAUAACUGUAUACAACUUGUGUUUGGGUGAUUACAGUACAGUCACGCUGUUAAAGCAGCAUUAGUUUCCCUUUGCUUUUCUUGUGUUUCAUGAUAACACUUUCCAUUGAACUUUGUCUCUCACCUGCAGUAUCUGCUAAUGUGUAAGUCACCCUGUAGAUACAGUUACUACUCGGGCACAGUUUCACAGUCAUUUAACUUUUACACUGAAGUAUUUGGCAGGCCUUACUACUGCUAUUUGAAACAUGUAUUGGUGCAGUUUGACAACAAAAAAAAUCAUUUAAAAAAAAAUGAUUGUAAUGUUGAAUCUUUUGUUAAUAGCUGUAAUUUGUGUUGUGAGUUUUACAGUAUAUGGUUCUACACGUGAAAUGUGAGAUUGUACAUAUGUUUUGUGAGUUUAAAUUUGUAUAUUACCAGUUGUGUUUUGAAUUUAUCACUCCUGUUUUUGUACAUCAGAUGUUUUGGUGAAUGUGAACCUUUUUUAUUUGAAAGGGAAUUUUACAAAAACAUGAACACCACAGAACAAAAUACUUUUGAUUGAAUACAGUAUACUCACUUACUGUAGUGGUUGUGGAGAAAGGGAUACAAUGCCGGCUGUCAUUACUUUACAUAAAACAUGCUAAAUGCAGCCCACCUUAUCUAGAAAGGGAAUGUAGGAACAAAUUAUGGGGUGUUCAUGUUUUUGAAUUUAAAGCACUUUAUGUUUUCCUUUCCAUUUAGCUCUUAUUUCAUUUGUAAUUCUGUGUCAGACUUGUAAUGGUAGAAAAGAGUUUUAAAAACAGCUAAAUGGGAAAUGUCAGAAAGAUCAAACUGUGUUUGUAUGUAAAGAAAAUGUGGUGCCACACGCCAGCUGUUUAUAAUGUAAAUUAUUUAUUGAAUAAAAGAAAAUGUCUUGUUA